UAUAUUUAAAAUCUUACCUUUUAAAAGCAUCCUAGAUAUCCAAGAUGGCCGACAAAUCGACCACGCCUAAGCCCAGAGUGUCCACCACAUUUUCUGUUGGUUUGGAUGGGAAGCUAGACAUGAGACGAAACUUUGAAGACACCCGGGAUUACCCCGAGGGUGUGACUAAGGAGACCCUCGCUGUGACUGCUCAGACCCAGCUCAGAGGUACAGAUACCAACAAACCCGUCGUACCGUCGAUCAGUAUCGCAACCACGUUUGAGGUCAAGGAUCUGGAUGAUUACAUGAAGUAUAUAAGGGAUGGCUAUGUGUAUGGUCGUUGUAAUAAUCAUUCCUGUGAUGUGGUCUCUCAUGCAGUCAACAAGAUAGAAGGGGGUGUUGGUGCCUGUGUGUAUCCCAGUGGCAUGUCGGCCAUCAGCAACAAUAUCCUGGCGGUCGUCAAGACUGGUGACCAUAUUAUUGCCCCUGACCCAGUUUAUUCGGGAGUGUAUGCCUUCCUGAAGCAUGUCAUUGGUAACUACGGAGUGGAAGUGACCUUUGUACCAUCAGGAGACCUGGAUGCCUACAGGAAAGCCAUUAAGCCCAACACAAAGGUUUUCUAUGGAGAAACACCAACCAACCCGGUCAUGUCUUUGCUGGACCUGAAGGCCUUUGCUGACUUGGCUAAAUCCGUACCUGGUGCCAUCAGUAUGUGUGAUUCUACAUUUGCCAGUCCUAUCCUACAGGAUACUCUGGGACUUGGCAUAGAUAUCGUCUUCCAGAGCUGUACCAAGUACAUGGGAGGUCACAGUGAUUUGAUGGGAGGAUCCAUGUGUACUUCCGAUCCAGAUCUGUAUUUCUAUCUCAGUGAGCAUCAGAAGCUUGUCGGCAAUAUCAUGUCUCCCCACACUGCUUCUCUCUUACUGAGAGGGAUUCGUACUCUACCACUGAGGAUGGAGAAACACAGCUCUAAUGCUCUACGGGUCGCUCAGUAUUUAGAAGCUCAUCCAAAGAUAUCCAGAGUGUACUACCCAGGUUUGCCCUCCCACCCUGAUCAUGAGGUGGCUAAGAAACAGAUGAAACAGUUCAGUGGGAUGGUGGCUUUUGAUAUCAAGGAUGGAAUGGAGGCUGCUAAGACGUUUGUCCAGAGUUUUAAGAUCAUUCUUUUGGCGGUGUCCCUGGGAAGCACAGAGAGUUUGGUGGAACAUCCUGCUACCAUGACGCAUGGUCCUUACUUAAUGACAAAGGAAGAGAGAUUGGCUGGAGGAAUAACAGAUGGACUCGUUAGAAUCAGUGUUGGAAUAGAGAAUAUUGAUGACAUCAUAAAGGAUCUUGAACAAGCAUUGGCAAAGGCUUGAAGGAUCAACUCAGGAAAAUCUAAUAUCAUCCCAGAUGAGAAAUCACCAAAUCUCCCACCUACUGAAUUAUCAAGUGGUUUUAAAAUGUGACUCCUCUUUGUUUAACCUCAUGUUUUACUCUGUCUAUAUUUUGAGAAUAACAUUCAAAGUUGUAUCAAGCUUCUGUACGAGUUGUGAGAAACAAUUAAUGAAGUUGUCAGGGAAAAAAUUGUUUAAAAAACUUCGGGGCUACUUUUCAAGCUUGCUUGCAUGAAAAUAACACUCUUUUAAUUUGUUUUGCAUUGAACUCUAUGCAAAUUUGGGGGGCUCUUUUAUGACUUUCAAGGGCUCUUUUUGGCAUUUCUUAGGCUAAUUAGCCCCGAGACCCCAUGUAUUUUUUUCCCUGGAAGUUGUCCCAUUACAUUAAGAUUAGUCUGUUGUCACCGAAUAUGUAACACAAUUUAUUUUUGGUGUACAAAGAUACAAAUUGUAAUCUAUAUUGUAAGAUAUAUGGAUACUGUCAAUCUAUGACUGUAAUUACACUGUCUGUGUCAUGAAAGAUACUACUGUAAUUGUAGUCUUGUGAAAAUACAUGUUUAUGCCUCCCCUACAAAGUAGCCAGAGGCAUUAUAUUUAGGGGUUGUCCAUCCGUACGUCUGUACGUCCCGUUCUC